UUUUCCCGGGCGGGCGUCAGGAAUGCAAGGUGGUGUCAGUGACCGGAGAUCAACGCUGGAAUUUUGCAUUUGCUACCGCGGCAGCUGGAGCGAGUGGUUUCAUCCAGACGACAGCGUCGGGGAGCAGGGCGCGGCCGUCGUGCGGGCGGGCGUGGGAGCCGCGGCGGGGGCGGGACUUCGCAAGGCUGCUCCGGACUUCGCGUGUGGGUGCCGGGGGCGUCUCUUCGAAGCCUCGGCAGCAGCCGAUCGGUCUGCUUGCACGCCUCGAGUUCAUUCCUGUUGCUUUCGGUGCUCUCGGCCAAGGACCCCGUUGCCAUGGUGAAAGAGAAAGUGGCCCAUCCUCAGGACCCUCACCACUCAACAGAGAAGCCUGUUAUUCACUGCCAUAAAUGUGGGGAGCCAUGCAAGGGCGAAGUGCUUCGGGUCCAGACCAAGCAUUUCCAUAUCAAAUGCUUCACCUGCAAAGUGUGUGGCUGCGACCUGGCCCAAGGAGGCUUCUUCAUAAAGAACGGGGACUAUCUGUGCACCCUGGACUACCAGAGGAUGUACGGGACACGGUGCCACGGCUGCGGGGAGUUCGUGGAGGGCGAGGUGGUCACUGCCCUGGGCAAGACCUACCAUCCCAACUGCUUUGCCUGUACCAUCUGCAAGCGCCCGUUCCCACCCGGAGACCGAGUCACAUUCAAUGGGAGAGACUGCCUUUGUCAGCUCUGUGCCCAGCCGAUGUCGUCCAGCCCUAACGAAGCCACCUGCUCCAGCAACUGUGCUGGCUGUGGAAGGGACAUUAAGAACGGGCAGGCGCUGCUGGCGCUGGACAAGCAGUGGCAUUUGGGCUGCUUCAAGUGCAAGUCCUGUGGGAAGGUGCUCACCGGCGAGUACAUCAGCAAGGACGGUUCCCCGUACUGUGAAAAGGACUACCAGGGGCUCUUUGGGGUGAAGUGUGAAGCCUGUCACCAGUUUAUCACAGGAAAAGUCCUGGAGGCAGGUGACAAACAUUAUCACCCUAGCUGCGCACGAUGCAGCAGAUGCAACCAGAUGUUCACCGAAGGGGAAGAAAUGUAUCUUCAAGGUUCUACCGUGUGGCAUCCCGACUGUAAGCAGUCCGCCAAGACAGAGGAGAAGCUGCGGCCACCAAACAUUCAGCGUUCUCCAUCUGAUUUCUUUUAUCCCAAAAGUCUGAUUCGUCGCACAGGACGGUCCCCAGCUCUACAGCCCACUAGGACCUCCUCUGAAAGCAUUUAUUCUAGACCAGGCUCCAGCAUCCCUGGCUCACCAGGCCAUACCAUCUAUGCAAAAGUAGACAAUGAAAUACUGGACUACAAAGACUUAGCAGCCAUUCCCAAGGUCAAGGCAAUCUAUGAUAUCGAGCGUCCAGACCUCAUUACCUAUGAACCGUUCUACACUUCGGGCUAUGAGGACAAGCAGGAAAGACAGAGCCUUGGAGAGUCUCCAAGGACUUUGUCUCCUACUCCAUCAGCAGAAGGUUACCAGGAUGGUCGGGAUCGGAUGAUCCACCGGUCCACCAGCCAGGGCUCCAUCAACUCCCCCGUGUACAGUCGUCAUAGUUACACUCCAACCACGUCACGCUCACCGCAGCAUUUCCACAGACCUGGCAAUGAGCCGUCCAGCGGCCGGAGCUCCCCUCUCCCUUACAGGCCAGACGGUCGCCCUCUAACUCCAACUUACGCUCAGGCCCCUAAACAUUUCCAUGUUCCAGAUCAAGGGAUCAACAUUUACCGAAAGCCUCCCAUCUACAAACAGCAUGCUGCCUUGGCAGCCCAGAGCAAGGCUUCAGAAGAUAUCAUCAAGUUUUCCAAGUUCCCAGCAGCCCAGGCACCAGAUCCCAACGAGAUACCAAAGAUUGAGACGGACCACUGGCCCGGUCCCCCCUCGCUUGCCGCCAUAGGAACUGACAUGCGGCGCAGAUCUAGCGGCAGAGAGGAAGACGAGGAGGAACUCCUGAGACGCCGGCAGCUUCAAGAGGAGCAGUUGAUGAAGCUCAACUCAGGCCUGGGGCAGUUGAUACUGAAGGAAGAGAUGGAGAAGGAGAACAGGGAAAGAGCGGCCCUGCUGGCCAGUCGCUAUGACUCUCCCCUGCACUCAGCUGCACAUGCUCCAUCGUCAAAAACUUCGUCUCUCCCUGGUUAUGGCAAGAAUGGCCUUCACCGGCCGGUUUCCACAGACUUUGCUCAGUACAACAGCUACGGAGAUGUCAGUGGCGGAGUUCGAGACUACCAGACCCUCCCAGAUGGCCACAUGCCAGCCAUGCGGAUGGAUCGAGGAGUGUCCAUGCCCAACAUGUUGGAACCAAAGAUAUUUCCAUAUGAAAUGCUCAUGGUGACCAACAGGGGGCGCAACAAAAUCCUAAGAGAUGUGGAUAGAACCCGGCUGGAGCGCCACUUAGCCCCAGAAGUAUUUUGGGAAAUCUUUGGGAUGUCCAUACAGGAAUUUGACAAGUUACCUCUUUGGAGACGCAAUGACAUGAAGAAGAAAGCUAAGCUCUUCUAAAUCCCCCGGAUAAAUGACAAUCGAGAAAAGGACUCUCAGUGGUGGUGGUGCCUAGAACGUUGUAUUAAGGCCCAGAAUCAUCGAUCCGAGAAUUUAUUCGCUACCCAGCAGCAACACUGAGGAAAAGUCUGAUCUCAGCACCCAUGGGUCACAUCCCCGGCCAAGCAACAGUAACACUUGGAACAGCCAUGGGGUAGAAACGUCUCUGUUCCCAAACUCAGCAGUGAUGUCCACACGUGACCUUUUCACGUGACUACGUCCACAACAGGGGCUUCUUUCUCCUUUUUAUUCCCCCUUUAAUUGAUGUGUAACCUAGCGCUGCCUGUACCUGUGAGAGUCAGCAAGUGCCCUUAGGAAGCCACAUGGGAAGGAAUGGCUGGGAGCCCUGAAGUAUGAGUCUAUUUAUUAUGUAGCACUGUGGCUGAGGAGGAGUCCAGAGCCCAGCGUCGAUGUGGUAGCAACAACCUGGCCUUUCCUUGGCAGCCUUCCUCUGCUCUUCCUGGGCCCCGGGGGAAAUGGAACUCCCUCAGGGACCUGGGCAGUUCUGAGUUCAUGGCUGAACUCAGAUGAUUUGAAUAUGCUUCUUUUCUCUUCCUGUGUGCUGGAAUCCAGUUGGCCAACUGCUAGGGGGAAAAAAUGAGAAAGGAAAAGGAAAUUAAGGAAGCCCCUCCCCCCAUUGAACGUUUUUCUGCCUGACGAUGUGCUCAGUCCUCUCUCCCUAUAAACUGAGCUGGUGUGUUCACCUUUGCCAAGAAAGAAAGUAAGGCAAAACGAGUUUCCAGAUUGGUUCAGCUGCUGCUGGGUGGUUGUUGCCCUUGCGUCAUGUCUCUCUUAGAGAAGGAAAAUCUGUGCCCUGCCUCCAUCCCAAGUUCUCCCCCGCAGUGUCCCCUCCUGUCUGUCUGGCAUCUGCGGGGUCAGGUCAAGCCCAUACUGGUAUUUUGUGUCAAGGGCAUAGACCAAGGGAAGACAAGCUUUUCUCCUUCAGAUCUCUGCAGCUCUGAAGUCGACGGCUUCAGACAGAGUUCAUGCGGUCUAGUUUGCCCUGACACACUGACAUGCUUGCAUGUGUUCACACCUGUGUGUUACUCACCUAGGGAUGUUCUGUGAGUCUGUCUGUGCUUUGUAACCUCUGCUUGAAUGCACCACAUUCAGUGUGCCACGCUGUGCUGCGGCUUUGAUGGGGCCUUUGCAUGAGAGCAUGUGACCCAGAUGAAGAAUGAGGCUUGAGACCAGCAUAUGUGGUGAGCCGUGGAGACUCACCCUGGGUUCAGACUGCAGACCACAGAAGUGAGGCCAGGGUGGUUUAGGGCUCAGAGUAUCUGUCUCACUGGAGAACCUGCAUACUCCACAACUCUCAGUGAAAACUGGAGCCUAGUUCUUUCAUUGCAAUGUAUGAACAAGGCCACAUAAGAACUGGUUUGAGCUGGAUUGUGAACAAUCUCUCCAGGUCCACAGAUUCUAUCUAAUGGUCACAUUGAUUCUUCUGCUCUGGGGCUCUUUUUGGGAGUUUAAGCUCUGAGAGAAAGCUAAGGGGAAGCAUUUCAAUUCCCUCUCAGAUCACAGCUGAGCACAAAAUCCAGAAACUCCUUCCAGGAUUAGAGUGACUGGCUGUCUGCUGACACCAGCAGUGAGGAGCAAGCAGCAUAGAUUCGGAGCCCGUGCUGCAGUCCCCUGACUUGUGACCUGCUUCUUUGGGUUAUCCUGCCUUCCUCCUGCAAGGGGGUUAAGUACGGGAGCUCCUCUCACACCCAUUAGCAUCGUUACCAAGUGCGCCAUACCGCAUGGCCGGAGUAGAUGGGUCCAGCUCCCCUUGGUUGGGAGGCAGACUGCAAAUGGGGUUCCUCGUGCAGGUGUCUCGCUCUUUGCAUGUUUUCAUUGUUUUGCUCCCGCUGCCCUGCCCAGCACUGACUGCGUUGGCAUGAGGCUGGUGUCUCCUGGUUCUCAUGUUGCCCUGGCAAUGGGCAGGAUAGAGAGUGGGUGCCACAGUGAGCAAGGGUGGCCUGGCGGGAGACUUUGUUUAUCCAGAGCGGAGGUUACAAAUGGCCCACCAUGCUUUGUACCAGUUACUAUGUCACUGUUCACAGCCAUGCAGGGGAGAAAAACCAAAGCGUUGGGGAGACAGGGACAUGAGCAGGGGCAAUUGCUAACGUUCUGCACCUGCUCUCCAUAGUUCCUGUGGAUGUCUUGACAUAUGGAAAUGCAGCUGAAGGGGGAGGAGGGCAGGGACACUCCUCCUCUUUAUACGGAGAACUUUGAGUGAGUUAGAGGACCUGCUAGGAUUGGAUGAUAACUGAAAAAUGAAAGUCUUAAAUUCCUGCAAUAACAAAAUCCUGCUUUUUUUGACCAUUUGAACUCAGUCCCCCAUCUAACUUGGGGGGGGAAUUGGUAUUCCAUAUCAGCAUACUAGUUAAUUUAAAUUGUAUCAUGUAAAAAUGUAUUUCUAGAAAACACCAAUAGGAACCCCGACUGCCGCGGGAAAGGAGUGAUGGAAAGGUCACUCCAGGGUCUCAGUCCAUUCCCUUGCAGGUUCCAGCCAGAAAGAUACACGGAGGAUGAUCCGGUUUUAACCGCCAGACCCAUGGUUGGGGCUGUGGUGCCAUAUCUGUGCUAUCCACAUGACUGGCCUUGGCAUGCCCAGACCACAACACGGGAGAUGGGUGGUCUUCGUUUUACCCCACCCUGCUGAACACAGGAAAAUUCCAGUUCCUAGAAAUCAAAGCGGCCUGUUCACUUGGGGGAGAAUCUAUGUAUGGCAGACGUGGUGCGUAUAUUAAGGGCUGUAUUUUUUUAGCAUCUGACCUACUUGUACCUGACGUGUGUACAGAUUGCAUGGUGCAGAAGUGGCUUCCUUGGCCACGUGGUAGUCUGAGUGCUUCCCACAGAACUUCUCCAGGAGAGGCCAGACCCUCAAGUCAUCUUCCUGUGCAGCUUACUAGAGAGACAAAAAGCCUUUGAAAACAGCUAGCUCUGCAUUUUCAUACCUGUGUGGAGUUUGUGAUGAAAUAUUUUUAAUAUGACUCCUUCACCAACUAAACAUGAACUGCCUGUUCUCUGAAACCCCAAAGAGAAAAACUGCAGUUAGUGGGUUCUAAGGUGCAAAAAGGGGGGGAUAGUUUUCUGUCCUGUCCUCUGCUCUCCCCAAGUCCCAGCUCUGUUGCCUCCAGCCUGAGCCUUCUCUCCCGAGGCACAGCCCCACCUCUGUGGCUUCCAUCUCUGUCUACAGUCGCUCAGUCACUUGCCUCCAGCGUGGAGAGGAUCAGCUGGUGGUGUUUCUAAAGCAGGACUUCUUUGCUUUGAACCAAACAUCAUUUUCUAAAAAUAGCUUCACCAAUGAUGCCGUCAAAAAUAUCUGCUUUUGCAAGUUUAAAAGAAUUCAAAUUAACCUCUUUUGAGUAUUUGUUAAGAAAGAAAGAAAUCUCAAGCAAACCUAGAGUGGCAUCCCAAGGCAUGCUGCAGGACACUGGCAUGUUUCCAGGCUGUGUGCUCCAAGAACCCUGCUCAGAAAAGAUUUCUCGUAACUGCUUAAUCUGUACUUUUUGUGCCCUCCUCAAUUUUGAGUUACGUUUUUUCUUCUUUAGACAAACCAAGGCUUUGUAUGCUUCAAUUUCACUCUUUCAUGCCCCCUUUGAAGAACUUUCUAUGCAGAAAAAGAUAGUCAGAGCUUUGGAUUUGUGGUGACAUGUACAGGGAAGGAACACCGCCUCCACUGGAACAGAAUGAGCAAGGCUUCAGCAUCUUCAAGACCACAGUUUCCAUUUUCUCCCCUUGGAGCCGAGGGAGAGGGAGACAGACAGACAUUGGAUUGCUUUCACUUGUGUGUGUGUUCAGUGUUGUGGCAAACUCACAAAGAAGGACAGUGGCUGCUCACACUGAAGCUCUCUAAGCAGUGGAAGUGUGCACAACAAAGUUCAACAAAGCCAACUUUUUUGUCCCAGAAGCAUAAUGCAAUUGAGUGGCAGUUAUCUUAAUAAAAUGCUUCUCUGUGUCUCUUCCAAGAGUGACGGUCCCAUGAAUCACUUCCCCUGGAUGAAAGAAAGAGACAAGCCUGUAUGCAUGGAUGUUCAGAAAGGUUAUGAUUAUGUAUGAAAAUAUUUUCCCUAUGGAAGAGGAGACAGUUGUCCACAGAAUUGAUGUUAUUUUUUUGGGGGGGGGGUUCUCUGUACAGAUAUGUCUGGUGGUAAAUGUAGGGGUUUCCAUGAGAUGCCAAAGACCCUGCAUCGAAUCUCUUGUAACUUGGUUAAUGGGAUUGCUUUGAUGAAAGAAAGCCUGCUCACUCUUCCUUCCCUCCCUCCCUCCCUCCCCUUGUUGGCGAUAUGAACGCAGGUGUUCACAAGACGUUCUUGAAAAGCUGUGCUGUGUUCCCUGUGGAGAUGGUGUGUGCCAGUGCCUGAGCACCUGGUGCCAGGUGCAGAGGGGAGCUUGGCCUGCAGGCCCCCGUCACUGAGCUGUCCUUUCCCAGCCUGCUCUGCGCCCGUUGCAGGCAGCACACACCACCCUCCUUCAUCACUGUAUUCAACUUCAUGAAUAAACUGUGUGCUUCCUCCC